UGACCAAGUCGGACACAUUCGACGGCGCACCACCAAUGUCAACUUCGCACCGACAUCACUGACCUCAUGAUUUGUAAUAACAUUGGAGUCUGACUCAUGAAGUAGACAGAGGACGGGUUAAACAGAUUAUAUUCUGUAACCUUUUCACGUUUUGUAUAGUUUUUUCUGUUGAGGUGACUCUUACCGGACAAGAUGCGCCUCACGCUGCAGUUGUUGAUCUCUCACGGCCGGGUGGCCCGGAAGAUGGGUCUGGGCUCGGAGUCCCGGAUCAACAUGCUGCGGAACCUUCUAACAGGACUGGUCCGGCACGAGAGGAUCGAAACCACGGCGGCCAGAGCCGAUGAAGUCCGCUUCUACGCAGAAAAGCUGGUUGACUACGCCAAAAAGGGAGACACUGAUGAGAAAGCGAUGAAAAUGGCCAGUUUCUGGAUGACGGAAAAGGAUCUGGUCCCGAAGCUUUUCAAGGUCCUUGCUCCACGGUUUGAGCCUCACUCGAGUGGCUACACACGGAUGGCACGCAUCCCAAACAAGGCAAACCUGGACAAAGCCAAGAUGGCCGUCCUGGAGUACAAAGGCAACCCCUUCCCACCUUUGUAUCCUGUGAAAAAGAAAAAUGAACUGGCACUCGUCAACCAGCUGCUCAAAGGCUACAGAGAGGAGAGGGCACAAUACUUAGCAUCAAAAGCUUGAUUACACCCAUCCGGUGUUGGAUCAGUGAUGUGGCCGCUGACGGAUGAUGGUCGGGUGAAAAGCCUCUGAAGGGUUGCUUGUAGACGCUGCAGGUUAUGGCUUAUAGACACUGAUACGUUUCUUCCCCAAAAACCUUGCUGCAAAUGGACAAUUAUUACUGAUGAUGUAUAAAUAAAUUGUAUUUCUUA